AUGAUGAACAUCGCCAGUCUGAAUAAGCGUAAAUGUAAAGUAUUGUCCGGUCAGUUUGCUGGUUAUAGUCCUGAUACAUUCAAGACCGACCAAGUGGAUGAACUUGCUAGGCAAACCGGUCAUUAUCCGGCCAUUUUGGGAUGCGAUUAUGCCUGUGGAUGGAACAACAAUAACAAUCCAGAAUAUAUCAUUGAUUUUUCGUGCAAUCCAUCAUUGAAAAAUCAUUGGAACCAAGGCGGAUUUGUAACAGUAAACAUGCAUUUGCCAAAUCCGGUAAAUUCGAACGGAGGCGGAUAUAAGGAUCGAGGAAAUUUAAAUUUUAACGAUUUAACACAACCAUAUACAGAAACUGGAAAACGUUGGCGAUCAUUUCUUGAUAGAAUUGCACAAGGUUUAAAUGACUUAAAUCAAGCAGGUGUAACAGUUUUGUAUCGUCCAUUCCACGAAAUGAAUGGUGAUUGGUUUUACUGGUGUGCUCAAGAUCCUAAUACAUUCAAAAGUGUUUGGAUUGAUAUGUUCAAUUAUUUGACAAAUACAAAAGGUUUACAUAAUUUACUAUGGGUUUACUCACCAGAUCAAAGUCGAAAUAAUCCAUCUAUGUAUUAUCCUGGCGAUAACUACGUAGAUAUCGUUGCACUCGAUGUUUAUACAGAUGAACCGGUGAGAAGAAAAAAAGCGAAUAUGAAUGGUUAUUAUGAAAUGACUAACAUUAACAAACCAUUCGCACUUGGUGAAGUUGGGCCAUCAACUGCAAAUGGGCAAUUUGAUUAUAUGAAAUGGUACAGUAUUAAAACACUUUUAUAA